GGUCGCUCUCCGAGGUCCUGAAAUAACGUCCUCACGCACACGUCGACUCGCAGCUGAUGCGGAUCGGGCCGGUCGUCCCACCUGCGCUGUGAACGAAGGGUUUCUCCCGCAACGAGCUAACUAACGGUGAAGGAUCUGGUUUCUGAACAUCCCGAGUCAAUGCAGUCAGGGGGAGAUAAAGCUUCAUGGAUGUACUCUCACUGAAGCAACCUGAAAGAAAAUACUUUUCACGCCACAGACUCCACUGAAGGCACCAUGACGUCCUCUAUGCUCCGCCGCCAGCUGAAGAACCUGGUCCAGAACUACUCUGAGGCUGAGGUCAAGGUGAGAGAGGCGACGUCCAAUGACCCGUGGGGCCCGUCCAGCUCUCAGAUGGCUGACCUCUCUGAUCUGACCUACAACGUGGUGGCCUGCAAUGAGAUCAUGACAAUGCUGUGGAAGCGCCUGAAAGACGACAAGAACUGGAGACACAUCCACAAGUCCCUGACACUGCUGGAGUACCUGUUGAAGACCGGUGACGACCGUGUGCUUCUGCAAAUGAAAGACAACAUCUACAUCGUCAAAGCCCUCACAGAGUAUCGCUUCGUAGAAAAGGAUGGAAAGGAUCAGGGUGGAAAUGUGCGAGAGAAGGCCAAAGUUGUCCUUGUUCUCAUGGAGGAUGAUGAUAAACUAAAGGAGGAGAGAGACUUUGCAGUCAAAACCAGGGAGAAGACUUCAAAAAAUGCUGCUGCCUCAUCUACUGAUGCCAUCAAGGAUCCCAACUACAAGCCAUGCUACGUCGUCGGGUCCGCAGGGCUUCCAUCCUUAGACAACAUACCGUCAGUUGCCGACUUGACCGCUUCCUUCGCCGCCCGCAAGGAGGAACGUCUAAAGCAGGAGGCUGAGAUGAAAGACAAGGAGCGGAGGGCCAAGAUGAGUGAAGAAGAGUUGAAAUGGGAGGAUGCCGGCAAAGGCAAUGAUGAAAAAGGAGGUGCUUGGGGAGGGGCGAAAGCAGAGGAGAAUGAGAAGGAGGAAGAGAAGGUAAAAACAGAUGCUUGGGGAGUCCGCGACAGAACCUAAGGAAGCUGCAGAUCCAUGGGUCACAAACUCAAAGCCU